AUGCUAGCUGUUCACUUGGAUCAUAUGCGCAAAGCCGUGAGGCUUGCGAGGUAUGCGUUGGAUCACAAUGAGACACCAGUUGCGUGUUUGCUUGUGGAUGCGAAGGGUCACGUGGUCUCCUGGGGAAUCAACGAUACGAAUAGAUCCUUGAAUGGGACAGCACAUGCUGAGUUCCAAGCUAUUGAUCGCUUGCGAGAUAGUAAUGGAGUAGUAGAUGAUGAAGAUCUGCGUCACGUGAUUUCGACUUGCACCCUUUAUGUGACAGUUGAACCCUGUGUGAUGUGUGCUUCAGCUUUACGCCAGCUGGGCUUACCACGGGUUGUGUUUGGUUGUACGAACGAGCGGUUUGGUGGCAAUGGUACUGUGCUGGCUAUCCAAAAAGGUCAGUCGACUCCCGGUCCCGAAUAUCACGUGGUGCCAGGCAUCCUGAGAAGAGAAGCUGUGCUUCUACUUCGAUAUUUCUAUGUUCGUUCCAAUGAACGUUCGCCAAAGCCAAGAAACAAGACUGAAAGACAGUUGGAUUUGGAGAGUUUCCCACCACUACCUUGGAAUGAAUAUUUGUCGCGCGAAGAGUUUGCCGCCGAGAUAGGAUCAGAACUUUUGCCCGCGUUCGAUUCCCAAAAGGACCUCGAUUCUGAAAUAGAGUGGUCUUUGGUGGAUGAGGAGUGUAAAGAAGUUAGGCCAGAUUUUGUACCUUGUAAACGGGUUAAGCUAUACAGAUAG